UCUUCACAACGAUGGGGAAGUAGACAGCAGCAUUGGGCGUUGAUGCAAAUCGCCUCGACAAUGCCUACGAUUCACGCACGGUGGUUACUCACUUCUUGGCUCGCGAUGUCUGACAGGAUCGGGUACAUUCCAAGUGGGGUUUUUCCCCCCUUCGGCACGUGUAGGUGAUACCAACGCAUUUCACCUUUAAAUUUAUUUCGGGCUUACUGAGUGGUAGUUGCUAUAGCAAUCAAUAGGGCCAUUUAAAAUGUGCCUCCAGGUGUCAUGACCCAUCGUCCCUAGCCAAGCGUCCUGGAUAGCCGUAUGUGAACUAGUGGACAUGUGUGAAAAAGAGCUACCUCGCUCAUGGGAUUCCUCCAGGAUAAAUAAAUAUUCUGAUUGUGCAACUAGGAGGCCGAUAUUUCACUGAACGGGACGUCUUGGCUGACGGGAUGGAAGGUGGCCUCGUCUAUCACCAUGCGUCCUCGCGGAAAGUGGUGCCGCUGAAAAGCAUCGCAGUGAAGGUGUUGGUGCGGGGCUUCGUGGCCGACGUGAAGGCCUCCAUGGUCUACCGCAACGACGAAGCGUUCCCCAUCGAGCCUUCCUUCUUCUUCCCUCUUGACGACGACUCGGCCGUGCACGCGUUCCGCGCACGCAUCGCCGACAGAGAGAUGAGCGCGGCGCUGAAGGAAAAAAUGGAGGCCGAAGAUGAAUACGAUGACGCCAUCGCCAUGGGGCGCCGGGCGUUCAGGCUGUCGAAGGAGUGCGGGGACGUCUUCCACUGCAUGCUGGGUAACCUCGGCGCCGGCGAAGAGGCGGAGCUGUCGCUGGAGUUUGUCUCGGAGCUCGGAGUGGAGGCCGACGGCGCCGUUCGCUUCUGUCUGCCCACCGUGCUCAACCCUCGCUACUCGCUGCAGGGCAUGGCGGACCGAGUAUCGUACCUGGCGCCGUCCCAGGACGUGCCCUACACCCUGUCGUUCACGCUCACGGCCGAGAACCCCGGGGGGAUCCGCGACGUCUCCUCUCCCAGCGGCCUCCUGGGGCCUGCUGCGUUCGCCGAGUCUGACAGAGCCUCGGCCCAGGUGUCCCUCGAAGGAGACUUCAAGUUUGAUCAGGACAUCGAGGUGCUGAUUUACUAUGAGCAGAAGCAUCAACCGUUUGCGCUCAUCGAGCCUGGACUCCCAGCGACGGAGGUCUCAUUCCUGGCGGACACCGUGGCUAUGCUGAACUUCUACCCGGGUGAAAUGGAGGAGAUGGAAGUGCCAACCGCCGAACAUGGGGAGUUCAUUUUCAUCAUAGACUGCUCCGGCAGUAUGAACAACAACCCCAUCAUGAAUGCUAAGGAAACGCUCAUUCUGCUCUUAAAGAGUCUGCCCCUCGGCUGCCUGUUCAACAUCUACAGCUUCGGCAGCCGAUUUAGAUCCCUUUACACCGAGAGCAUGCCCUACGACCAGCAGACAAUGGACACCGCCCUAAAGCACGUGUGCGGCAUGGACGCCAACAUGGGCGGCACGAACAUCAUGGGCCCUCUAGUGGACAUCUGCAAGCAGCCCUGCAAGCCACAGCACCCCCGCAAGCUGUUCUUGCUGACGGACGGCAUGGUCGACAACACGCAGGGCGUUAUCCAGACGGUGAAACAUCACUCCAUGGACCACAGGUGUUUUGCGUUUGGGAUUGGCCAGAGUGUCUCCACUGAGCUCAUCAAGCAGGUGGCACACGCUGGAAAGGGCCUCUCGGAGUUUGUCACAAGCUCUGAUCGUCUUCAGGCCAAGGUGCUGAGGAUGCUCAAGUGCGCAAUGCAGCCGUCGCUGAACAACCCCCAGCUGGAAUGGACUCUCCCGCCCGGCAUCGUUGCCACCGUGGUGCCCCAGCUUCCCGAAAGCAUCUUCAUAGGAGAGAAGACAAUUGUCUACGCGCAGUUCACUGGGACGCUCCCAGCGGAUCCGUGGCAGGGCACAGCUGUGCUCAAGUACUCGCUGUGCGGCAAGCCGAUUGAGAAUCGCAUCGUGUUCUCCAGCAAGCCUGCUGACCACAAUGCUCGGCUCGUGCUGCACCGGCUGCUGGCCAAGGCGCUCAUCCGCCACCUCGUCGGGGACUUGGGUGACGAUCCCAGCGCCGCCGGUCCCAGCGACGACGCGAGGCAGAGGUCCGUGGCAGUGAGCCUGCAGGCGGGCGUCGUGUCGCGCUACACCGUGUUCGUGGCCGUCGACACCUCGCCCCAGUCGCCCAUCGCUGAGGCCAUGCAGGCCCGUCCCGUGCCACGGCCCCAUCCUCAUGCCCCCAUGGUCUACCACGUUGCCAGGGAUGCCGUGCCUGUUGACUUCUCUCACCAUCGGCAUGGGGCUUGGAUGGGCUUUGGAGCUCAGUCCAAGAAAACGUCUCAGCAGCACCAACUCCAGGCUGCCGAGUCGGGAUAUGGCUCGGGUGCAUCUACCCGCUCUUCGUCGCCAACGCAAGAAAUGUCGACUUCCAGUGCGAGGGAAUCUCAGCGAAGAAGCCAUAGGGUCUUUCAGGCGCAAAUCUCCAAUAUGACCGUGGAAAAAAAAUACCGGCAAGGAUCGCAGCAGAUGUGGCAGACUCCUUCGCGCUCGAACAGCACCACCAGCCCCUACUGCGUCGAGAUGAGUCACCUGGUCCAUUUGCAGCAGGCGAACGGAUCGUGGGAGAGUUUGGAGCAACUGGCGGUCGCGCUCCAGAUCCCGAUCAAAACCCUUCAGAGUGAGGCUCCGCAGGACAUGGCGAGCGAGGUGUGGGCCACGGUGCUGGCGCUGGUGUGGCUGCAGUACCGCGCUGCCGAGCAAAAGCUGGAGUGGGAUCUGCUCUCCAGGAAGGCUUCGCUGUGGCUCGGCCUGCAAGGAAUCGACAUCGCCGCCGCAGUCGAGGCCGCCAACAAGGCCCUCGGCUCGUCCGUCAAGCCCUCGGACAUUUGCGUGGCGAGAAACUCGUCGAUGCAGUGAGGAGAUCCUCUGAGGCUUUUUCAGUAAAGUCACAUAGGUAAAAAAUUAAUUUAAUAG